AGGUGGUUUGUUAGGUCAUGUGAUCUAGCAGAGUAAAGGUCCCAAUGACUGAUUCUGCUCUUACCGCCAUUCAGCCAGUAGACUCAGAGACGAUACUUGACACCACCACCCCGUCAGCCUCCACUGCCUGGACCCCCACGGCCACCAUGUCCAUCAGUCGGAAGAACUGGUCUGCUCUGUCUCGCCUGGCUCGCCAGUGGACAGUAGAAGAUGAGGAGGAAAUAGAGAGGGAGAGGAGGCGGAAGGAAAGGAGCUACAGCAGCUCUGAUCCUGACAAUGACCUUCCAGGUGGAAAUGACCCCGGAAACCCACUCUCCAGUGACAGCACUCAAAGCAUCACCAGUGCAGAGCAGCUGGACUUUGUGGAGAUGCUCCGUGUUCGAGACGAGAGGAGGAGGAUCAGACACGUAGAGACUCUCCGACGACAGAAAAAUGAUGAAGAGGGGAGGGAGGAAGGAGAAGAGGGGGAAGAGGAGGGGAGAGUGGAAUUACUGGGAGAUCUGGAGGAAGGGAGAAAGACACUACCAACACACACUCCCAUCCUAAUCUCAUCCUCCUUCUCGCCAACAGCAAUGCUGACACCCCAAAACCCUGCAGACAGACAGCAGGAGAAGGGUUCCUGUGGUGACCCUGGUCCAGACACAGACUCAGCUAAACCUGAAACUAAUCCUUCAUCCAACACCUCACAUAAAUUUAGCAGUUCUUUGUCCAUCUCCUUUGAUAAGAGCCCAACCUACAGCGUGCCUACAAGUCCCAUGAGCCCACACUCCCCAACCACACCACUAUCCCCUGGACACACUGAGGACAGUGUGAAUGGUUCACCUGUUAGCUUGGAGCAGACGGCCAGACCAGCCUUCGCCAGGCAGAGCUCUAGGACAGUCUCCUUCAGGAUGCUGAAGAAAAAAGAGGAGGAAAGCAUGCCUUUACAAAGGAGUGCCAGUGUCCGGGUUACCUCCAAGACUCCCAACAGCUCUGACCAAACUGAGGAGGACAAAGCAUCACCUUUCCAAAGGAACUCCAGGCAGAGGGUGUCAUCACGUUCUAUUCAGGAGAAGAUGGAGAGACUCGCCCAAGCAGCACAGAGGUCUGAUUCUCUGCGUUCUCCUGACGUGGCCCAAAGGACCCUGUUCCUGCUGGAUGAAGUGUCCAGGAAGAGAGGUCUCUUUGAAAAGGAUCAGGCAGCAGUUCAUGGCAGCCCUGGGGUCCUCAGACAGGAACAUCGAAGCUUCACAUCUGGAAUCUCUGACCGUAUAAACCGCUGGGUCAGCAAGACCAACAGACCUGGAAGCUCGUCCCACAACCCUACAGAUCUGCGUCAUGUUGAUAUCUCCAGUAAAAGGAGUGUCUUUGAGAGUCGAGGAGAGGACAGCUCCCCCAAUACAGCCCCCCUCCACAAGAUAUACAAGUGAAAAACGACUCCAUGUUUUAUAAUUCUACUGUUUAAAAAUGCUUACAGUCUGAGUAAGGUUGAAACGGAAGAAGUGAGAAGGGAGAUAGGAGAAGUGAGGUGCAGUGAUAUUUCUAUCAGUAAUUUGUAAUGAUUUUAACCGAUCUGGUGAUUGUUUUAGUGCUUUCAAAGGUAACAGACACUGUAGUGAUUGUUAUUGCACUACAAUUCUGGGAUUAGAGGACAGAAGUUUAGAGGACAGGUAAUUCUGCAAUUAGAGGACAAGGACAUUCUGGGAUUAAUUAUGGGAUUAGAAAACAAGUAGUUCUGGGAUUAAAGGAAAGUUAUUUUUAAGAUUAAAGGAUGGAUCAAUCAGGGAUUAGAAGAUAUUUUGCAACCAUAAUUGACAUUGUGUGUAUCAUUAUGUUGUGCCAUAAAAUGACACCCUUAACCAUUAUUCAAGUCUAAAUUCUACCUAACUCCUAAACAUCAUUUUUAAUACUGUGUAAUGAUGUGUGAACAAUAAAUAAAAGGUUUUUCAUCCACAAUUCUAAUGGUCUCU